UGUUUUUUCUUACAUUAAAAUGUUCAAGGAAUAAUUACGGGACUUGAAUUCUGAUGCAAAUUUUAUAACAGAUGUCAUUGAGCUCAAAUCCAACUCCAUAAUAUCAACCUUAGAACACGGGAUUUCUUCCAGUAUUUUAUGCAUAACCUCUGUUCCAGCAGUCAGGUAUAAAAGUACCAAGAAGCCUCGGACCUCUACCCAGUCAGCACACAAAUCGAAGGCAAAGGUCCAUGAGUGACGGGGUUCAGCAUGUAUUGGGUUACCUGAAGCUAAUGCACUUUGAGAAUCCUAAUUUUUAUUAUGCGAUUCGGGGUGAUCCUUCGGCUUCCAAUGUUUUCUGGAUUGAUGCUGCUUCUCGGAGUAACUAUACUUACUUUGGUGACACUAUAGUUUUUGAUACCUCGUACUGUAGCAGUGACUAUAAAGUACCAUUUGCGACUUUUACGGGACUAAAUCAUCAUGGGCAGCCAAUACUUUUUGGUUGUGCCGUAAUGCUUGAUCAAUCGGAGGCUUCCUACAUUUGGUUAUUCCAGACAUGGCUUCACGCAAUCUCAGGGAAAAGCCCAAUCUCGAUCACAAUAGAGCCUGCUAGGUUUGUGCAGACGGCAGUAUCUCAAGUUUUGCCCAAUACUCGGCUUCGUUACUGCAAAUGGAGCGUUUUUAAAGAGGUUCAAACUCGUUUGGCUCAUCUUUAUGAGUCACAACCUAAUAUUGACGCAGAGUUCGGUAAGUGUGUUGAGAGUGAGUCAAUUGAGGAAUUUGAAUCUAGGUGGGGGAUGCUUUUGGAACAGUAUUAUUUGAUGGAUGAUGAAUGGAUGCGGUCAGUUUAUGAUGCUCGACGUAUGUGGGUGCCUGUUUACAUGCGAGACACCUUCUUUGGGGACCACUGUGGUGAAGGAAAUAAGGGCAGAAAUAUAUACUUUGAUGGGUUUAUAACUGCUGAAACCACCUUACAAGUGCUGAUUGAAGAUUAUAAAAAAGCUGUUGGGAUUUGGCAUGAGAAGGAACUACGGGCAGACCAUGAUACAAGUAACACAAUACCUUUGUUGAAGACCCCAUCACCAAUGGAGAAACAGGCUGGAAGUGUUUACACCAAGAAAAUAUUCAUGAAGUUCCAAGAAGAGCUCUUCCAGACCCUGGCUAAUACUGCAACAGAACUUGAGGAAUCAGGAGGAGUCACCUUGUUUCGUGUGGCUAAGUUUGGGGAAGAUCAUAGAGAUCGUAUUGUCACUUACAAUCCUAUAGAAGCAAAAGCUACUUGUGGGUGCCAAAAGUUUGAAUUCUCAGGUGUCAUUUGUAGGCACAUAUUAGCUGUUUUCAGAGCAAAAAAUGUUCUUACUCUUCCUUCAGAAUACUUAUUGAAAAGGUGGACAAGAAAUGCCAAAAGUGGAGGUUCAUUGGAUAAACAUGCUGCGGAGGAACCAACCAAUUCACCAGAGUCUGUGACUAUUCGAUGUGACAACCUACAGCAGGAUGUCGUUAAAGUUGGGGAAGAAGAUGCAAAAUAUAUUCAGGUUUACAAUGUAGCUAUGAAUGCUCUGGAGGAAGCUGCAAAGAAGGUUGCAGCUGUGAAGAAUCAAGGAGUUGCACAAGGUGGCUCUUUGGCGAAUGGUGAAAAUCCACUGGCAUCUUGCCAACCUGCAAUGACCUUACCUAUGGGAGAUAGUAAGCUGGAGAACCCUUCAAUCCAAACAACUAUCAAUGGAGAAAAAAAUCAUGAAUUGUUAGAAAACAUACAAAAACUAGUAAUGAAUUUAAAUGAAAAGUUUGAUAAUUGUGAUAGAAAAUGUGUCCAUGGCCACCGUCUACAAAUUAUAAUUUCUUGAAAUGGGAUAUAACACCGAAGAUCAUUUACGCCAAUCUCUCAUGAGGCACCGAAGAGAAUUCAUCAUUUUCUUCCGUUCCGUGAUAAUACAAAUUGGUAAGGAAAAUACAAGGAAGAUAAUCGAUGAUUGUUCCCGUAAAAUGCCUAUACUUGAAUUACUCUACAAUAUGCACGGUGGAUGUGCUGAAUAUCGUUCACCUAUCGAGCCGAAAACCGAGCCCGAAGAUGAAGAGAAUGUAUCAAACAAAAGGAUUUCCUUCGAUCUCACUGGAGAUGAGACUGUUGAAAUUAUAGAUUAGUUAAUUCAUUUAUUUUUUCUAACAAUGUUAGUAUUAGAGAUAGAUUAGGAUUGUAUUAUCCUAAUAGUUGUAGUAUUCUAGUAGUAAGAGGAUUGUUAUGCAUAUGAAAUAGAAGAAGCAAUAUUAUGCCAUUGGCUACGUUUUUGUUAUAUUUUUUAAUUAUGUACUCUACUGGUAUUUUGUUAUAAAUUUUGGUUCACUUCAUACAUAAGUUUUUGUAGUA